GUUCAGGUAAGAAUCCCUGCUAUCGAAUUGGGCGUUGAAACGAUGUCAAUAGUCUGAAAAUUUUGUUAUUCGUCCAUGAGAUAAUUGUGCUAAAUGCAAAUGGCUAUCGUACGUCGCAAAACAAAGACGCUGAUGUUGUGGACGAUCUUUGGAAUCCCUUUUGCCUACGUGCUCAUUCACGCAGUUCUUCCGGCUGACAAUCAUUUUGCCAGUCAAGUCAUCAACGUCGAUUGGCGUCACGUCGACAUGGAUACGCUCAAUGGCCAUCAAUUGACCGACUAUUUUUCCUGGUCCGAUUCCGGUGCUUGCCGUUUAGUUCAGGAUUUCGGCGGAGUCAUGAUCUCCGUCGACAACAUCCCAGCUGUGGAUGGACAGAAAGCUGUGUGUCUAGACAGGCCGCAUCUGGCUCCAUCGCCGGAUAAAUGCAUCGUCUAUUCGUUCGGGAUCAACAACGAAUGGAGUUUCGACGAGGCCAUGGAACACUAUGGAUGCAACGUGUUUGCUUUCGAUCCUUCCAUGAAUGUUUCCGAUCACGAUCGAUCAGAAUGGAUUCAUUUCUAUCGAUUAGGACUAGGUAGCAAAGACGGUGACACCUGGAACGGCCAAUCAGGUGUCAAAACUCGGACGUUAGACUCCAUUCAUCAAAUGCUCAAACCCGUCCACGGCUCGGACAUGAUCGAUUAUUUGAAACUGGAUAUCGAGACGGCCGAAUGGGCUGUUUUACCACAAAUGGUUAGCUCCGGAAUGAUGGACAAGGUGAAACAGUUGAGCGUGGAAGUUCACCUGCCCAACGGAAAUACGAACAAGGAGCAAGACAACGAGCCUUACUUCUCGCUGGAUGAGUACCGCAGAUUGGCUAAGAUCCUCCAAUCGCUCGAGAAUGACGGACUUGUCCGUUUCGAUUCCAAAAGAAAUCCUUGGUCAGUCGGAGUGGGCAAAGCCGCUGGAUUGUUGGGCAGUGACGCACCUUACGCUUACGAAAUCGCUUGGUUCAACAAGAAAUUGGUCCAGUCUCAACUGUAAAACAUCAAAUUCAUAACACCAACAUUUUGUUUGUUCAAUUGCGCUCAUUAUCGUCAAUUUUCGUGUCAAUACAAGUGUUUAAGUUCCUUGCUUUAUGGUGGUACAAU